AUGAGCGACAACUACCAAAGCAGCACCGCCAAGUGCUUCCAACAACCACCACCGUUCUUGCCGGAGAAAAUUCGGAUACUCUUGAGGCUACCAGUGAGAUCGCUUCUUGAGUACAAAUGCAUUUGCAAAUCAUGGAAAACCCUAAUCUCUGAUCCCAAAUUCGCAAAGAGACAACUUCAUAUCUUAAUGGUUAUGUUCAAUUGUGGAACCCUUCUAUUAGAUUUAAAUCCAAAAAAUCCCCAACCCUUGAUUCUUGUAAUAAACAUUUAUACUUUUGGUGGAACUAAUUCUUGGACAACUAUUCAGAAUUUCCCUUCUGCCACUAGUUUCGAUGGAAAAUUUGUGAGUGACAGUGGUACUUUAAAUUGGGUAAUUGUUAAAAGUGGUGUUAGUGUUAGUUCUAACCAAGGUGUGUUUCUUUCUUUUGAUCUCGUCAAUGAGACUUAUAAAGAAGUGUUGCUACCUGAACAUGAUCGCGAUGAAAUUCGCAAUGCUAGACUUGGUGUUUGGAGUGACUAUUCAUCUGCUAAUGCUUCGGAUAUAAAAAUUGUUAGCUGGAAGGAAAACAACAAAGCAAACAUUGCACUUAUUUCUCUGUCUAUAUAA